AUGACCGGAACUUCACUUCAGUCCACUUUGAGGUUGGUGACAGACUAUGAAAUCCCGGUUGUGGGCUAUGGGGUUGACAGUGCAAAGUGGUAUGAGAACGAAGCAGAGUGCUGCCACGCCAUCAAGAAAUCGGGACUGGACCGGUCGCAGGUCUUCUUCACCAGCAAGGUUCCUCCAAUGUGCAUGGGGUACGACAAGACCAAAAAGGCCCUCGAAGAAAGCUUUGCCGCGUCGGACAUCGGGUACAUUGACCUGAUGCUGGUGCACUCUCCCUACGGCGGCAAAGAGGGCCGCCUGGGGACCUGGCGCGCCAUGGUGGAGGCUCAACAGGCAGGUAAGAUCCGGUCACUGGGCGUCUCGAACUACAGCAUAGCACACCUUGAGGAGCUGGAGGCGUACAUCAAAAGUGGUGGCGGCGGACAGAUUGCCGUCGGGCAGUACGAGAUUCACCCCUGGUGUCCGCGCGAGGACAUUGUCGAGUGGCUGCGCCAGCGAAAUAUCAUCGUCGAGGCGUAUUGCCCCCUGGUGCAGGCGACGCGCAUGGAAGAGCCAUCGUUGCGGAGCUUGGCUCAGAAACACGGCAAAUCACCGGCACAAAUCUUGGUGCGCUGGAGCUUGCAGAAGGGAUAUGUGCCCCUUCCUAAAUCUGUGACGGAUUCCCGCAUUGUGGAAAACUCGCAGGUCUUUGAUUUCGUCUUGUCGGAAGAGGAUAUGGCCAGUUUACAGUUCGACGAACAUGCACCUGUGUGUUGGGACCUCGUGAACGAGGUUACCAACCAGAUCGAAUGUCCGUAUGACUGA